CAAAAGCGGUGUCCUGACAACAUCAUUGCAAUCGAAUGUGUCGGACAGUGUCGUCAACGCCUCCGGACAGCACUGUCAGAUCUUGCCCAGUAGUCCGCAACCUCUCAUCCUGCGGGAUCAGAUGGAAUCCAUCAACGUCCGGAUGGUCGAAAGGCGCACAAGAGCACCGGACCGGAACGAGCUCGAGCAGCAGCUUGCUACCUCCACAACCAACUGCCGCACCGCGAUCGAAGUGACGAUGGAUUUAGUGGAGCUCCUGUGUGAACGACUCGACUUUGCCAAAACCGGUGCGCUGAGCAGGUUGGAACUAGGAUUCGGGGAAGAUUCAGGCGUGGAGUCAGCGUUGCACGCAAUUGCCGCAC